UUUAUAAUAUAGGUUUACUAUUUUGGUACGGAAUCCUAAAAGUGGAGUUAAACUACAUAUUCUCCCUAACAAGGUUUGUGUUCUCACAAUAGCGAUCGAACGUAUUUGACUGCGUCAUUAUUCUAUGUGGUACGUGUAUCCGAACGUUUGCGACUGCGUAGUCGAAUGACGGCCGGCGGCCAUGUUGUGCACAGAAUUAGAUCCGUGCUGUCGUCAAUAUCGCGUGCUCGAUAUUUUACUGAAAUGUUAUAAUGAGCAAUUUUAUUAAUAUUAUUUCAUUUUCUUUUACGGUAAAUUAAUUGAUUGUGUUACAAGGUUGAAAUUAUUCAAAUUUACUGCAUUUAAAACGUGACUUUAGAAGUGAUAAACGGUAUGAGUUAGUACCUACAUAGUUUUGUCGAUAAUACCGAUAUAUCUGCUCUACACUAUUUUGACACGUUUCUGUGACAUCAGAAACGUCACUGUCACGAGCCAUAUUUUAAGAAAACACACAUGUGGAAUUUGGUUUUGAAACUGAUAUUUAUUCAAAUCGAUAUAAGUGUCCUAGAACUGUGAAAAUUGAGUUAUGGUUGCAGUUACAACGAACUCUUUGUAAUGGUUAUACAUAACGAACUUACUUCGUGCCCUGGAGAGGCUACUAAAUUGAAAGUAGCCAUGGAAUCCAAAAAAUAUCUCGUGGUGAAAAACCAUGUGAGGGAGAUUGUUGAUGCUCAGUGUACUACAACCACUAAUAACAGCCAAGAACAGAGCAACAUGGUAUCUAAGGAGUCUUCACACAAAGGGAAAAAACGAAGGAAAUUAGAAAGACAGCCUUCCUCAGCUGACGACGACUGUGUGGACAGUAUUAAUAUAAAUCGAAAUGAAAUUUCUAGUAGAGAUUUAGAAGAAUUAAAAAGUGUAUACAAAAAAUGUAAGUCGGUUUUGAUGAAAAUAGAAUCCAAAUAUGGGCAUUUGUUUGAUCUGGAGGAAGAUAACUUUAUUCCUCACAAAAGAAAACACGAAAAUGACAUUCAAAAUGAAUGUAACUGUGCUUCAAAUAGUAAAGUCGUAUUUAGUGAUGAUGGACAAGUAUUUGAAGCUCUGGCCAAUUCGGAAAAGCACCAUAUAUGCCCCAGUAGAUUACAGAACCAUAAUAGAUACCAGCCUAAACAAACUUUAAACAUUGAGACUGAAAGUUACUCUGAUGUGCCUCUACCUGAUACCAUACAAGAGUUAGAGAAGAUGUUGAAAGAUGAAUUACCUGCCAGAUUGAGAAGUACCAUUAUAGAAAAAAUUAAGUUUACAAAGCAUGCAAACUUAAAUAUGAUUAGAUAUUACAAACAUAGCCUGAUGGAGAAGUUAAAAGAGAACCCAGAUGAAAUUAUAGAUUUCAAAGGCACUAACUUUUCAUCUCUUCCUGGAUAUCCUAGUAAACCUGCAUGACCUAAACUGUGUUUGUAGUGAACAGACUACAGUAACAUUGUGAUUCAGUCCAUUUUCAUAUUUAUAUAAAAUAUAGGAUCAGUAUUGUUGCUUAGUUAUCAUGCCUGUGCAAGUCCUAUUGGUAUGAUUCUUAGGAGAUACUAUAAAUAAACAACUCUCUUAUCAAUUAAAAAAAAAAAAAAAAAGGAUGAUAUAACUGUCUGUUAAUAAUAAAGAUUUCUCACACCAAUAUUGAUGGGAUUAAAACCUAUUUAAUUUUGGCGUAUUUUUUAGUGUACUGAAAGUUUAAGUUAUUUCACUUAUGCUGAAGCUGUUAGCUGAGCAAUGAUAUGCGAGUGUCCCAAGUUUCAAAAAGUAGUUGAUGCAAUAUCUCAAUGUUAUAGUUCUUUAAAGAAGUGAUUUUAAAUUGUUUUCAAUAUCAGACUCAUACAUACCUAGUAGUAAAUAAUAUCUUCUUCUUAACCCUAUUCCACAUUAUGUGGGGUUGGCAGAACUUCUACAAACCUAAAGACAUACUUGUUUGGUUUUGACCUCCAACCAAACCCUCUUUAAGAAUAAAUCAUAAUAGUAGUAAGUAAUAUUAUAAAAUCAAUAACUAUUCAUCAAUGCAAGAAUUAUAUGAUCAUAAGCGUUGAUUUAUAUUGUCUGAUGGGUUACUUAGGCUACUGGCAACCCUACUGAUGAAGACAUGCCACCAAGCAAUUUAGUGUUCGCUUUAAUCACUUAAAAAGAAAUAAAGAGUAACCAGGCUAUAAAUCAACUAUCUUGGACUGCAUCAUCAGGUGUGAUUGGAAUGAAAACUUUUAUUGAAAUAAAAAAACAUUUUAUAAAGAUAAAGGAACACUUCUAAAUCUAGCUUUUUACUACUAAUGAAUCUAAAAUAAGUGUGUAAGAUAGAUGAAUUAUAAAUAAAAAAAUAUCAAUUAAUUUUCAAGAUCAGGUGAUUGGUUUCAACUAGUUUCCUUAAAGACUUGAUUCUUUUAUCCCUUAUUUUAAGGCUAGCAUAGAUUCUAGACACCUAGCAGACUUUAAAGCCAAUAUAUCAUCAUCCUCAAACCUUUUCUGUUCAUAAGCAGUGGUUCUGAAAACUUGUAUCCCUUUUUAAUGGACUUGUCCUUGUCAAAAGGAAAAUUAACUUUAGACUCCUAGUCUUACAAAAGAACUGAGUUCUAAAAUAGAUUAAAUGCUCUUACUUUUAAAACUUAAUUUGUAUGUAUGGGUGGUCUAUUUAACAUAUAUAAAAUACAUAAUAAUGACUAUGGAUAUGGAAACAUAAUAAUUAAUAUUAUCAUAAAAAAACAAAACCUAUUUUGAUAUUCUCUGAGAGACUCGAACCUGAACUUGGUACAACAAUGUCGCAAAAAAGAUUACAAGCUUUUUAA